AUGUCGAAGAUUACAGAAAUCACCAGUUUCUCCCAGUGGGAGCAACUGGUAUCCUCGAUACCCGCCACUACCCUCCUCAUCGUCUCCUUCCAUACUCCAUGGGCCGCGCCGUGUGCCCAGAUGGCGACGGUGCUCGCGACACUUGCAUCCGAACACCCGGUUUCCGAGCCGCCGAGCAGCGUGUGGGUGUCGAUCGAUGCAGAGAAGCUGAGCGAUGUCAGCGAGAUGUACAAUGUCACCGCCGUUCCCUUUUUGGUCCUGCAGAGGAACGGCCGAGUCAUCGAGUCGGUCAGCGGCAGCAGUGCAGUCAAGGUCCGGACAGCCAUCGAGACCCAUAUGCAACCUGGCAUAAAUGCGUCCUCCAUCGAGGGUGCGGCGAACGGCAUCGAGCAGCCGAACGGGGACAGCAAGAAGGACGAAACCCCUGCGGAUCCGGUGAAGCAGAAGGAGGAACUGUUCAAGCGCUUGGAAGAUCUCGUCAAGGCCGCGCCAGUCAUGCUCUUCAUGAAAGGGACACCGAGCUCUCCGCAGUGCGGAUUCUCUCGGCAGUUGGUGGGCAUCUUGCGAGAGGAUUCCGUCAAGUACGGCUUCUUUAACAUCCUCGCCGAUGACGAGGUUCGGCAGGGACUGAAGGAGUACGCCGAGUGGCCAACCUACCCCCAGCUGUGGGUGGACGGGGAACUCAUCGGUGGCCUGGAUAUUGUCAAGGAGGAGCUCGGGAACAAUGCGGACCUCUUCAAGCCCUUCGCCGUCAACGGCUCUGACGCCAUGGCACCAUGA